CGGCAUCAGGCGGAGGGAUGCUAAGUGAUAUCCGUUAUCCGUUAUCCCCCAGGCAACCAGGGUUGGCAAGUUUCCCAACCGCCGAUUUCUGCCCACUGCUUCUGCGCAUGCGCAAUGCCCUCGCCGCGUUUCUUCAGGACGCGUUCCUCUUGGUAUUUGGUCCGCGGAACUCUCCGUAGUCAGAAGUGUGGCGGAACAAAAGGCGUAAACGGACUGUUGAUUGCUAUUGGUGGGCGCUUCGUGUUCCCGGAACUCAGUGGGCGUCGCGCGAAGGCUGAAGGGAGUGUGGCGGAGGGUCCCGGGAAACCCGAGAGCCGCCAUGCCUCGAGCACCUACUGUGCCACCAUGGUCCAACACUGUGAAGCCCUCAACCGGUCUGUCCAGGUGGUCAACCUAGAUCCAGCAGCAGAACACUUCAACUACCCUGUGAUGGCUGACAUCCGGGAACUGAUCGAGGUGGAUGAUGUGAUGGAGGAUGAUUCUCUAAGGUUUGGUCCCAAUGGAGGAUUGGUAUUUUGCAUGGAGUACUUUGCCAAUAAUUUUGACUGGCUAGAGAACUGUCUGGGCCAUGUAGAGGACGACUACAUUCUUUUUGAUUGCCCAGGUCAGAUUGAGCUGUACACUCACCUGCCUGUGAUGAAACAGCUGGUCCAGCAACUGGAGCAGUGGGAAUUCCGAGUGUGUGGAGUUUUUCUUGUUGAUUCUCAGUUCAUGGUGGAGUCAUUUAAGUUUAUUUCUGGCAUCUUGGCAGCCCUGAGUGCUAUGAUAUCUCUAGAAAUUCCACAAGUUAACAUCAUGACGAAAAUGGAUCUGCUGAGUAAGAAAGCUAAAAAGGAAAUUGAGAAGUUUCUAGACCCAGACAUGUACUCCUUCUUAAAAGAUUCGACAAGUGAUUUUAGAAGCAAAAAAUUCAAAAAGUUGACGAAAGCAAUUUGUGGACUGAUUGAUGACUACAGCAUGGUUCGAUUUUUACCUUACGAUCAGUCAGAUGAAGAAAGCAUGAACAUUGUAUUACAGCAUAUUGAUUUUGCCAUUCAGUAUGGAGAAGACUUAGAAUUUAAAGAACCCAAGGAACAUGAAGAUGAGUCUUCCUCUUUGUUUGAUGAAUAUUUUCAGGAACGCCAAAAUGAAUGAAGAAUUUACUAAAAAGUAACUGUAUGUGAAGAGCUUGUGGCCAAAUCAGCAGAGAAUGCAAAUCUUCAAAGGAUGCAGUAGUAGACAGCUGCUUUUUUUAAUGAAGGAAAAAAAAAAAAAGAAUACUUGGCCCUUUAUCAGGAGCAUGCCUGAGUCAAGUCCUGAGUUAAAAGUGAAAUCUUGCCAGACACAGUGGUACACACCCUUUAACCCCAAUAGCUGGGAAGGCUGAGAUGGGAGGAUGGAAAGUUCAAGGCCAGUCUUUUCAGGGCUGGAGUGAAGCUUAGUGGUAACAUGAGCAAAGCCCUGAGUGUGAGCCCCAUCACUGCAAAAAAAAAAAAAA